UAGUGACGCAAUUUUCCCGCCCUCACUUCUGCCUUCCGGUGUUUGCCGAAAGUCAACAAAUAGUGUUUUUCACAGAGAUUUUAAUUUUCUAUAUUUUAUAUUCUUCCGACGUUUGUCAGUGGCCAAUGAUGCCUUCCACACAUGACUGGAUUAACAACCCUCUCGGUGUUGUUGAAGGGAUGUUCGCUGCUUCCCAGAACAAUCCGAACUCUGGAUGGGAGGCGAAAGUGGUUGAAUUCUUUAAAGGUCACCUGAAAGAGAAGGACUCUCAUCCCUGGGUCCCGUCUUUGAACGAUGUUCCUCUGCACUACCUGAAGCCUAACAGCCUGGUGAAGUUUCGAUGCUUAAUCCAAGACAUGUUCGACCCAGAGUUCUACCUGGGAGUGUAUGAGGCUGUUGAUCCAGCUACAAAGGCUAAAGUAUUGCGAUGCGGGAAGUACAAAGAUGUGACGGAAUGUGGAGUGGAUUUUGACUCCAGAAACACAUCGACUGCAGAGAGACAGACUUUCUACUGUGUGCCAAUCCCUGGAGAAAGUCCCUGGGUGAAAGAGAGCUAUGCCGGCACAGGCCAAGCGAGAGUGGUUCCUUCAACCUCGUAUGCACCGACGAGACAGAAACGCAGCUACGAGGAAGACGACGACGACGACGACAUGGACACGCAACCGCAGAAGCAGAGGGAGCCGCACACUGGUCCUCAAAGUCCCACGGAACAGCACGGCAAUGGUGACUGUAAGCGGCGGGAGACAGAAGCUCCGUCCAGCCAGACGGCAUCUGCCUCCCACCUCGACCUCAACUUCCCCCUGCCUGGAGAGAAAGGCCCCUCCUGCCUUGUCAAGGUGUACGCGGACUGGGACGGCUUCAAACUCAACGACACACUCGAGGUCUUCGGGAUCCUCUCCGUCAGCCCUGCUCUCAGCGCUCUCGCUGACGAGAAAGAUGCCUCCUCAUCCUUCCUGGACCCUGCACAGUCCAUGGAGACGGCAGAGGAGCAGCGGGUGCACAGCCCGCCAGCCUCACUCGUGCCUCGCCUCCACCUGCUCUACGCCAAACCGCUGCCACACAACAACCCCCUGCUGCCCUCCGCCGCCUUGGAGGACAACAGUGCCUUUUUAUCUUCCACCAUGAGCGAGAUGGCCGCUGUCAGGGCAGAGCUGCUCACAUAUUUCACUCACAUCCUCCUGGGAGAUGCCCUGGCUGCUGAGUACCUCAUUCUGCAUCUCAUUUCUAACGUGUACACUAGAAGGGAUGUUCUCCCACUGGGCAAGUUCACCUUGAACCUGAGUGGCUGCCCUACUGUCUCCUCGUACACGGAACGCUUCUUCCAGAUCAUCCAGCAGCUCGUGCCUUCUGCGUACUAUCUGUGCAUGAGCCUCCAGAAUAUGAACCAGAUGCGGUUUGUGCCAAAGAAGGACUAUGUGGCCAACCGGCUAGUGAGCGGAGCCCUGCAGCUGGCCAGAAACACUUCCCUCUUCCUGGAUGAGACCCAGCUGGAGCAGGGACAGCUGGACACGGCAGGUGUGCGUAACGUCACGGCCCUGGGGAACCUGAUCUCCUGGCAGAAGGUUGAUUAUGACUUUAACUACCACCAGAUGGAAUUCCCCUGCAAUAUUAACGUGCUCAUCGCGUCAGAGGGCCGCUCGCUGCUGCCGUCAGACUGCCAGAUACACCUACAGUCUCAGGUCGCCCCACCCCACAUGGAGGAGUAUCUGAGCAGCAUCCACAUGCAGCCGCAGGCUUCACAGCUGAACAAGUUCAGAAUGUACGUGAGCGUGGCUCGGCUACUCGACUACAGCAUCUCUGAUGAAGUGACAAAGUCAGUUGAGGAUGACUUUGUAGAUAUGAGGAAGGACGACCCCCAGAGCGUAACUGCUGAGGACCUCCACAGGAUGCUCGUUGUGGCGAGGUUGCAGUCUCUGAGCCUGGGACAGACCUCUCUGUGCAGAGACAGCUGGCUGAGAGCCAAACACAUCGAAAUGCUGCGGAGGAGCCGGAUGGAGCAGCACAAGUGUCUUAACGGCAACGAGCCGUGAUCACGCCGAGGAAACUAGAUGGCUUUUCUUUUUCUUUUUUUGAUACCUAAAAAAAAAAGAAGUUUGUAAUAAAGAUGUUUUUCAUGUCAUAGUCA